UGGUAAGAAAUCUUUUCAGAAAUUAUAGUGGUUUAGUUAGACGGCUGUAUCACUUUAAUAAAUUGAAAAUUGAGUCUGUUAAUUAUUUUACAGAAACAUUCUGAACAAACUAAGUAAAAUGAAUCUACAGCAAGGAUCCAGUUUAUGGCUGGUGUUACUCGUAUGUGGUGUUGCAUAUUCUAUGCCCAAACCCGCCCAAACUACAGUCGAUGCCAAAUGCCCGGCAUUGGCGAUGUGUUCCAGAUUCGCUUACAGGAAUUUGUUUGGCUCUUACGAUUACGCUGAUAGCAUGGUUAAAAUGUUUAAUGAUGUCAUGAAUUCUAUAACAGACUACGAUAAGCCGAGAACUCGCAAGGUCUGGACAGCCUAUGUUGACAAUGUGAUGGUAUGUGCUCAUUUAGCACCUGUGCGUGGUAAAGGUUUAGGUGUUGGGCCGAGAAAUCAACAGAAUAAAGAUGAGUCCACAACCUUAAACAAACCACUAUUGGGUUCCAGCCUUGAUGACGAUAGUUACAACCAAUUGAAGAAGAGGGAACAACCUGAAGUAGGCGACAUAAAAUACCCCAUUCCUUUGUCUGAUCAUUUGAAAUCGUUCGAUCCGACUCACCCUUUGACACGGGAUCUUAAAGCCGCCAUUGAAAGCGUUCUUUCUAAUCACACAGCGGCAAUUAUGGAGAAACUUAACAUCACUGGUGAAGGGUAUACCACCGACAAGUUGAUAAAACAACUUACUCUCAUUGAUCAAUGUGUUAAAGAGCACAAGGCAAACAAAGCACAAAUUGGAAAAGGGUCAGAAGCUAGAGAUGGAACAAAAAUAAUGGAGUCAAAAGGCGAUGGUGCAAGAAAACCAAAGGGAUCAGAAGCCGUUCCUGGUGAUGCAAAGCAUGGAGAGAAGUUGACAGACAAAGGCUUAACUGGUACUGGCAUUGCCAUCGUGACGACAAGCCUUUUAAUUCCAGUAGCGCUCUUCUUGAUUCGUUUAUGUUAAGCUAUCUGUGUGUAUAUCUCUAUAAAUUCGCCUGUUUAACUGUAUUUUUAGGAAUCUCUGUAAAUAACUAAUGCGUGUUAAUGUCUGUCAAUAUCUGUCAAAUUCGCAGAUUAUCAAAACGUCAUAUUCUAGGACAUAAUGGCAUGGUUUCUGGAACAGCUUAUAUUUAACUUCACUUCUUUUUUCACAUAAUUUUAAGUACCCAUAACUGCAAGUUGUGGUUUUGGUCAACUCACUGGCGCGCAGAGAGAUAGAAGGGGUGGAGCAGAUGAGGCGACGGUCUCUGCAUCCAUUCCAAGGCGCAUCUGAUCAGAAAGUGCAUGAAAUUAUAUUAACUUUUAUAUAAUUUGAAAUUAUCGCUGGUGUUAACUUUGUUCUACAAACUGAGCUAUACUUAAUUAAUUUAUUUUAUCUCUUUUGACAUCAAACCUCUGUAUGCAUCUGCUUCAAUUAUUGCAAAAUCCAAUUUGUGACGCUGAAUAAAACAGAUUAUUAUGGGCGCUUAUUUAAUUAUCUGCCCUUUUCUAAUUGUAAUGACAUAACGUGUUUUUAUGGCACUUCACCACCAACCGGGCUAUAUUGCGCCAGACAGAACUUUGGAAAAACUGAUUUUU